CAGUAAACUCCGAAGAUUUUUCUAAAAAAGCCAAUCUUCCUGAUCCGUCCUUACAAACGGCCAAUGUUGAAGUUCCAAAUGAAAUGCGGGAGUUUACCAAUGUUAUUUCAACCGAUUCGUCUCAGGAAUCGAUAGAUAACAUUAUAGCUGGAAUUUCCACACCAGUUGUUGCAAUGAAAAUGAAGUCUGUUAGUCCCACUGAAAUGAACGACAAUGAAUGUCAAAUCCAUGGUGCUCGGUUUCAAUCAGAUCUUCCCGAAGUAGAAUUGGGUAAAUAGGAAGCCAUUAAAACACGUGCUCUAAGAAACAGGAAGCGAACUACAAUAUUCAGGUCACCAUUUACAACUGAAUUUGGUUCAAGUUGUAAAGGCAAAAAAUCUGCAACAGUUGAUUUUCCUCAAAAGCAUCAGUUUGAUGGUUAUCUUAUUUCCGAUGAAAUGCCGAUGGGACUAAUAGAAGAGUACUUUGAUUGGAUUGUCGAAGGAUUAUUAAAGUUUCAUGAAAAGAAGAAAUUGAACGACAAUCACUACAAAGCUAAUAAAUCAGGAAUUAGUUUUAGUUCGUUGGAUUUUGUUAUUGCGCAACCAGAUUCAAAGAACUGGUUCUACACAAUGUCACAGCCCAACACCUGCUGGAAUGAUAAGCAUGUAGAUGUUAUAUUCUACUACCUUCGGAAGAAAUCAAAGCAACAAAAGCAUCAAGAAUAUCGAUACACCACUGUUAAUUGCUUGUUCAAAACAUACAUCGAUGUGACAUACAAACAUUACAUUGAGGAUGCAACGGGUGAUUCUCUCUCAACUCAAGAUGAUUACAAAAAAAUGAGUUUUGUUGCAAGCAAUGAAGGAGCACUGAUAAACAUCAUCAAAGGGUUCAACAUACCAGUUGCUUUGCCGUGGCAUUUAGUCGAUGAGGUAUACGUUCCUGUAAAUUGUGAUGGAAAUUUUCACUAGGUGCUAGCUAUGAUAUCUUUAAAGAAAAGAUGUAUCAGGGUGUAUGAAUCAAUGUUGUCAUCGCAACAUAGAGAGCCAUCACAUGAGAUCAAAAGGUUAUCUGUGAUGCUUCCAAAAUACAUUAGUUACAGUGGAUUACUGGAAAACACUGAAAGAACUGUAUGGUCAAGUCUCGAAGCUUAUGAAGAUAAGAUGAGUAAAGUGGCCGGUGAUUUGAAUGACACCCCAUUUGAUGUUGAAUACAUUGAAGAUAUUGCACAACAAGUCAGUGAAAGUUUGUACUGUGGCGUAUUUAUGGCAGCUUAUGCAGAAUUUCUUAGCGAUCAAAUGCAGAUUUCUUCAUCAAAUCUUGAUGCAGAAUAUCUUCGAAAGAGAUAUGCAACACUCUUAUGGAACUAUGGAGUUAAAAAGUCUAAGAAGAUUUAUUCUAGUGACCAUGACGAUCCACCAAGAGUACGGCCAUUUUAUGUCCCUCGGACUGAUGCGUCUAAUAUUCUAGCCAUAGAGUAGAUGCUAGGUUGUGCCAUAGCUAAGUUCUUAACAUUGUUUUUGUUGCUAUCUUAUAGGCCUCGAUUAAUGUAAUUUCACACUACUUUUAAUAGUAAUG